AUGGCGACCGCCCCCGCACCGGAAUCGCCCAGCAGCUCUUCGGCUGGCCCCAAUCUCAACAACAACAACAACAACAACAACCAGCAACAACAACAGGAGCAGCAGCAGCCACCUCCGGGCGUGCGCAAGUGCGGCUACCUUCGCAAGCAGAAGCAUGGCCACAAGCGCUUCUUCGUGCUUCGCGCCCCCAGUGGCGGGGCGGCAGCGGGGGAGGAGGCGUCGCCGCAGCAGCCAGCCCGACUGGAGUACUACGAGAGUGAGAAGAAGUGGCGGAGUAAGUCCACGGCUCCCAAGCGGACCAUUGCCCUCGACGCUUGCCUCAAUAUCCACAAACGAGCCGACGCCAAGCACAAGCACCUCAUCGCCCUCUACACGCGCGACGAGUACUUCGCCUUGGCAGCUGAAAGCGAGCCUGAGCAGGAGGCCUGGUACCAAGCGAUCACGGAGCUGCUUCACGAGGGCCAGGCCGCGGCACAGGGCUCUCCUCGGCACCCGUCCCAGUUGGCCUCCUGCGAGGACUUCAGCUACGGGCAACUGGGCUGCAGGCCCCCUUCGUCCGCCGCCUACCGCGAGGUGUGGCAGGUGACGCUGAAGCCGAAGGGACUCGGGCAGAGCCGCAACCUCACGGGCGUGCACCGCCUGUGCCUGGCGGCGCGUACGGUCGGGCUGGUGCGGCUCAACUGUGACCGGCCUUGCGUGACGCUGCAGCUUAUGAACAUCCGCCGAUGCGGUCACUCGGACAGCUUUUUCUUCAUGGAACUGGGGCGUUCGGCCUCAACGGGGCCCGGGGAACUCUGGAUGCAAGCCGACGACUCGGUGGUGGCGCAGAACAUCCACGAGACCAUCCUGGAGGCCAUGAAGGCGCUGCGGGAGCUCGUAGAGUUCCGCCCGCGGAGCAAGAGCCAGUCCUCGUCCUCCUCCCGGCCCAUCUCAGUUCCCGGCCGCCGCCAUCACGCCCAUCAUCACCCGCUGGCGCCUCUGCCCCCCAGCCAGACCGGCCUCCUCCGCCGUUCGCGCACUGACAUCUUGACUGUAGCAGGGAGUAGCAGCAGCAGCAGCAGCAGCAGCAGUAGCAGCAGCCACAGCAGCCGGUUGACCACAGAGCCAAGCUUGGCCUCUCAGCGCUUAUCUAGUUGCAGCGCUUCUGCUUCUGGUUCCCCCAGUGACCUAGCUGGCUUCAUGACUUUUGAGGAAUUAGACUCCAGUCCAGCUGGAGAGCUACUGCCUUUCUCAUCUUCUUCAGCAACAAGCCACCAUAGCAACACACCUGAGACUCCUCCUGGCUGGCAGUUGGAUAGUUACAUUGUUAUGGAGCGGGAACCCAUCCGCCACCAGCUAUAUCUUUGUGGAGAGGACAAGGUUCCCAGGAAGCGCACUUACUCUUUGACAACACCAGCACACCAAGGCUCCUUGCCUCCUUCAGUUUCCUCUGCCUCCCUCAACGAGUACACACUCAUGCAGGCCACCUUUUCAAGAGCGGGAUAUUCACCAAAGACAACCUAUACUCCUUAUCCCGAAGAUUAUUGUGAUGUGGACAUUGGGUGUGGUGGCAUCAGCAGUGAUAGGUCACACAUAGGUUGUAUUGUGCCUAAGGAGGAUGGCUAUAUGCCCAUGAGUCCCAGCAUAUCAUCUGUCGUGUCAUUGCAGACUGAUUCUGAUAGCUAUAUGUCUAUGCACCCCACCAGUGUGUCAGCCCCACAACAGAUUGCACAGUCUUAUUCUUACAAAAUCAACAGGGAGAGUUCUCCAGAUGAUUGUGGUUACAUGCAUAUGUGGGGUACCAGAACCAGGCUGCCUGGAGAGAGUCCAGAAGAGAGAUUGGCCAACAAUGACUACAUCAGUAUGUCCCCUUUGCUUUUGCCCCCUUUGCAUGGACCUUCUGCUUCAGAUUCACCUAUGCUCUCAACUGAUCAUUUCAGUGCUUUGAGGCUUGGAAACCAGGCUGGUUACUUGGGUAGCCUAUUGCAUGCAUGCCAACAGCAGUCAGAUUCCCACGGUGAGAGAAAGGACAGUGACCAGUACGUGUUUAUGAGCUCUCCAACAGGCAGACAGAAUUACGCCCCCAAAGGGAAAUUCUUUCUUGCUCCAUGCAACAAUACUUCAGUGCAUUUAUCCAUGCAUCACAAUCAAAUUGAGAACUCUUUCAGCCAAAAGACAGGCAAUACCCAGUCCACUCACCCUUCUCUGGGGCUUUUGCUACCCAGCAUGAAUGAACAGCCUCUUCUAAAGGAACCUCAGAGUUCCAGUGGAGAUUAUGUUGAUAUUGGCUACUCACUGGCGCCAGCCUGUGAGGGUGUAUCUUCUCUGCUUAACCCUGGCUUAGGUGGGCAUAAUGGCUCAAGGAUUUCCAAUUAUAUGAACCUCAAUUUUGAUGGUCCACAGACAAGUGCCAUCUCUCUGAGGUCCUUGGAAGAAAUACUUAUGCCAGUAUCUUGCCCUAACCCCGGGCAGCUAGACAAGCAUUAUUUAAAGGUUGGAAUGCAGAUGGCUUACCUUUCCAGCCCAACUUCUGAAGCUGGUGACUAUGCAGAAAUGAUUUUUAACACUGCCACCGCACCACCCCAGCCCAUCUCACACAAGCCAGAAAGUGCUUGUGUGACUAGCCCUGGCCCUGGAAUGAAGCAACUUACCCUUCCUGGGGUGGAGGCUUUUGCCUUUGCUAGUCCUCCUUUUGAUCCCAAUCAUGGAGCCAAAGUCAUUCGUGCUGAUCCUCAGGGGCGUCGAAGGCACAGCUCAGAAACUUUCUUAUCUACUACCACAGUGACUCCUGUUUCUCCUUCCUUUGCACACAAUCCUAAGCGGCAGAAUUCUGCCUCUGUAGAAAAUGUGUCCCUCAGGAAAAAUGAAGGUUUGGGAGAGGAACAGAACAGUAGCCCCAUGUGCCGGGAAACCUCAGCUGGCUUCCAGAAUGGCCUCAACUACAUUGCUGUUGAUGCAUUGCAUGGAAGUAAUCUUGCAGUUGGAGACCAAGUUGAGCACAAAGACAUGUAUGCUAUCAAUGGAAAUAUCAACAGUACUUAUGCCAGUAUAAAUGUUCUGGCCCACAAUCUGAAAAAAACAUCUUUAGUGAAAGGUGAGUUUGCACACUUAUUCCUGCUUCCCUUUCAAUAACUGAGCUUUUGAAAGAGCCAUUAGAGCCAAAGAAAGCACAAAAUCAAAAUACUUUGCCUAUUUACUUUAAAUUAUUUUGCUGAACUUUUGUGGAGAUGCUGGCUUAUAUGAAAGUAUUCCAAAUUUAAAUAUGUGAGUCUCAGCUAGUGUGUUGUUAUUUCUUAGUCCAGUAACAUGUUGAUGCUCCAGUUCUAAAACUAAUUCCUACUGAAAAAGGAUGUAGUUUAGAGUAAGUAGGUAAAUUCUCCUUACCCAUGGAGCUGGAUUCCUGGUGAUUUCAUAAAUACGACCAUGAAGUUUUCUUGGCAGCAGAAUAGAACUCAUUUGCUACUUCCUUCUUCCAGGUUGUUUUUUCAACUUUUCAAUCUAAUCCACUGCAUUUGCAAUAUCCUCAGGAGAACUCUUGCCCAAAUACUAAUCUUGGGCUACCAUAUUAUACCAAACAUCAGAACAAGUAUUUGAGGGAGUUCAGAGAUAGGGAAGAUGAAUACUUUGCUGCUGGAUUAAAAGCCCAGAUUUUUGCCAUCUAGAUACCAUAGUCUUAAUGGACCAGAUCUUAUCCUGUUUUGAUUUUUGAGAUGAGCCAAGCUGGCUACAUUCAGAGUAAACAUAAAUAAAAUUACGCUAUUGACAUUUUUGCCCAUGUAGCUUUUUAUUUUGCUAUAGGGAUCUUAAAUCAGUCAUGCUUUUAUUCUCUCUCUUGUAUGUUUUCUCCCAUUGGGGAAUUCUUAUUGCUCUACUCUGUUAUGGAAUGGUAGCACUAUUUUUAUUUAUUUUUCUGAAGAAAAAACAUAAGAGAAAAAGAAAGAUGUCAUGUACUAUGAAUGAACAAAAUAAUACAAGAGAUGUAAAACAAACCCCAAAAAUGUAUAUCAAAAAAAUAAGAUUGCUCAAAAGUCCUCUUCCUUGGCCCUUUUCAAAAAAAAAAAAAGACAAACCCAAUAGAUUCAGAUGUUGACAAAAAAUGGGUCUCAAGCAUCCACUGCACUGCUGUGAACUGUGU